AUGGCCCGUCUUACCGUGGAUCAACGUGCUAGACUAGCUCUAACUAAUUUAAGAAGUAUGAUGAUGAUUCCUUCUGUGAAGAUGCGUACAAUAUUGAUCAGGUUCAUGCUUGAUGUUUUUGACCCUGCCACUGGUACAUUCGAAAUAGGAGAUAACAAUGGCGCGGUGUCUCUUGGUUUUGUUGAUGUUGAGUGUCUCCUUGGUCUGGUUAAUGAAGGAUUUUCUGCUGGGGAAAUACUUACCGAGGAAGGUGAAGACGUGAAGCAUCGCAUCCCACCACAGUUCAUAAGCAAAUCAACCGGUAACAUCGUUAUCGACGAAUUAAUUGACGACAUCAUUAAAAGUAAACUUGCCGAUGAUGACUUCCUGAGGAGGUACUUGUACUGGGAAAAAUGUCAGCCGCUAGAAGGCGACUGUGCAUUUAAUCCUAAACUGUCCAUGCGCCCUCUAAUGAGGAACUGGAAUGAAGCAGCUGCCACGCGGAGAGACAAUUUUGACUAUGAGCAUGGUCGAGGUCGUGGUAACGUGAAGAUUGAUGAAAAUAUCACUGAAGAGUAUCGGAUGAUGGAGCCAGUUGUGCCAGAUCCUGUGGCUGCUCAUCAGAAUAACGCCAAGCCCGCGAGUGCUGUUCCAAAAAAGAAACAGGCUCCAAAACCCAUUGAUAACGGUCAGACGGAAAUUCUGAUAAAUCGUUUAACGGGUUACCUAGAUGCACAAUUGCAGAAGAUGUUGGCUACCAUCCCUGCCUUAUGUGCUCAGAGAACAUUGGAGAUGUUUAAUAAGGAAGGCGUGACUUACAAACCAGCAGCCGCACCGGUUUCCGGUAACAUGGAGGACCAGGAAGAUGUCAACUCUUUCCGGAACGGCCCUCGUGAUAAAAAAGAGUUCAUGUACAAGGAAGAGAGCGAUUCAGCAGGAGGUGGAGAUUCUAUUCGUAUCAUUGACAUGAACCUGGCUGAUGAAGUUGAUAAAUUGGAAAAAAGAUUAAAGGAGCCUGCUAAGAAUGGUACUGCAAAGAAUGCAAAUGAUGCUAUGCGCACACCUGACAAGGCUGGUGGACUGAAUGGUACUCCAGCAGGAAAGCCAUUUGGCGAUGUUGGUAGCACACCGGAUAAUCCGUUCAUCAUUGAAAAUGCUGAUCCGGUGACAUCAGAUUCAGAAAUUGAUCUCGACGCAGUAAGUAUUAGCAAGUUCUUAUCUAAAUCAAAGGAAGAUGAGUUGGCUGGGAAGAGGAAGCGAACAAUUCCCAAAAAAUUUCAAUCUCCCUAUGCUCUAGACAGACGCACCAAGCGUCAAGUCCGUGGUUCAUCCACAAAAGCUCUGAAUUUCGAUGAUAAAUCUGGAGCAGAUAAAAAUGCAAAACCGGAUGCAUCAUGCGAUUUGACGGCUGAACUUGUAGACGCAGCUAUAGUCUUCCUCGAGCUUGCAUCUCGCUCAGACCAGCACAAAAAAAAGAAUGUUUACCGGAGUGCCAGGGGCGAUGAAGUUAACGCUGAGCGGCUACGUGUUGUUCUCGACGAAAAAUGGUUGUCCGAUGAUGUCAUUGAUGGUUACAUUGGGCAUUUGAACCUCCGUGUUGGGGAUGAUCGCUUCUUGUGUCCAGCAUGGAGAUCAAAAUAUCUAGUAGACCGGGUUUAUUUUCCACUCAACAUUGGCAAUACACACUGGACGACCGUUGUCAUGCACAUACCGAAGCAAGAAUUCCAAGUUCUCGACUCGCUUUAUCCUCUAGAGUUUACGUUGGAGACUGUUGAGGCACUUCGGCGCCAAAUUGCAGAUGACAUGCAAGUGGCCAACGAAGUCACGAGUGGAAAUCAUCCCGACGUUUCAAAGUGGCCGAUAUUAGAGUACGACAUGCCGCAGCAACAUGACGGGAACUCUUGUGGAUUGUUUGUGAUGGAAUGCAUGGAGCAUUGGGAUGGGGACCGGAUGACUACAGAGAUUUCACAGAUCAAAAUUAAUGGAAGGCGAAGACGAAUUGUCGCUGAAAUGAUGUUAUCACCUUCGAACACGUUAGAGAUGGUGAAAGAGAGAAUUCGGUCCGUCGCUUCCAGGAUCAACAAGAAGACAUAG